CAGCUCUCGCGGUGAUAUUCUUGCUGCGAGAUGAUGCGAACCUCGCUCAUCUGAAUUGCCAUUUCAAAUCUGCUGCCAAUGGACUGAUCUAUAUAGUAUUCACUAUCGAUGUGAAGCCCGCAACCUACAACCAGUGCCACGCCGCAUUCUUUUCUCCCGCUCGACUCCGCUACGUUCAUGUGGGAAAGCAUCAGUAUAUCAGCAAUACGCACUCAUUAAUCUAGAAGUCGCCGAUCAUACCUCAUACCGAGUCUCUCUUUUAUCAUAUUUCUUUCACGAAACUACGCAAUGACUUCCCCGUACCAGCCCUCCAUGUCGUACUCGCCGUCUGUAGCCGGCCCCGACAUGACAGCACCUUCAGGUCCUUCAACUGCUUCGUCCAGACCGGUUUCCGACCUGCCCCAAUCUCAAGUUGACGCAAUCAUCCGAACGAAGCGAAAGGCCCGCGAACCUAAAGCCUGCUACCCGUGUCACGCCCGCAAAGUCAAAUGCGAUCGAAACCUACCAUGCGACGGUUGUGUCAAACGCGAUCAUGCCGAUCUUUGUUCCUACGAGCGUCCGUCGAAAAAGCGCGUCAUGACCGGCUCGCUUCCGCAAACGUAUCCCGACGGAUCUAUCCCUGGUAGUCAGCCCACGAGCGCAGAGAAUCUCGGAUACGUGCCCGAGCCUCCCGUGCGUCUGAAACAAGAACCGGGUGUGAGUCGGCCAAGUAUAACAGCAGCCGGCGGCCGUGUGUCGAUUGCGCGCGAGGAAUGGGACAAUGUUCGCACGAGAUUGAAAGAGAUGGAGCAAACAAUAAAUAACCUGCGGGUUGGUCUGGAAAAGGCCGAGGAAGGGCAGGCUUCGACGUUGGAGACGAGCAGCGUGCGGAGCGGGGAUGCGAGUACCCGAUCCAAGGGUGCCUCCCCGGAGCGAGAGGGUAUACAUGCGCCAAAUACAUUUGGCGAAGGCACUGUACACCUGGGAUCUAGGUCUGUUCUGGCCUACAUCUUGAACAAUAAGUCGGGGUCGGAUCAGCUCCAAGCGCUCCUAGAGGGCGGGAUUCUGCCAAAGCUGGGAUUGGAUAAUGAAUCUGCGACGUAUCCGUUCGUCGACCUGUGGUCAUCAGAUAUGUCUUCAUUCGAUAUAAGUGCCGUCUGCAGUGCACUGCCGAGUGACCAACAGUGCAAAGAGUUUUUCUACUAUUACCGGGAUAUCGCAGGCGCCAUAUACCCGGUGCUGGAAGACGUCCCGCAAUUCGAGAUGAACCUUGAUCUUAUGCUGCGGAAUAGAGCUGCCAUGGGUGGUAUGUAUCGGGCAGAUGCCGAUCAAGCCCAGAAACCUUUUGGUGUCACUAUUGCCUAUAUGGGCUUGCUGUUUGCAGUUCUUGCUUCUGGGUGCCAAUCGUCGGAUCUGCCAGGCAAAGAAAGAGAGCUUACGUCUCAAGUAUACGUAUGCUGUUCCUAUCAAUGUCUUCGAAUGACCAACUUCCUGUCCCAACCCACAAUAGACGCCAUGCAGACGCUGCUUGUGAUUGGGAACGUUCUAUCGUACAACAUGAACCCCGGGAUAUCGUAUGUCCUCCUUGGUAUGACCCUUCGAAUGGGGCUGGCGCUUGGCUUGCAUGUGGAGUCCGGUCAUUUCACUGCAGCCGAGCGAUAUCGCAGACGCCACGUGUGGUGGUCCAUGGCAUGGCAGGAUAGUCACUUCUCCCUUUCUUACGAUCGGCCGUCGACAACAGCCGUGAGUCAGCCAGAAAUUGCUUAUAAAGAAGACCGGAAGCCCGGCGAGCUCUCAUACUUCGAGACACUGUGUCGUAUUAUAUCUCUAGCAUUGGAGGUGGUCCGCAGCCGGAUGUUGAGCCCGCACUCGCAACUGAGUUACAAAACGAUCCAAACCUACAAAGAACGGAUCCAGCAGAUUAUGAUAGAGGCGAAACCACAUCUUCGGGACCGUAAAUACUGCCUCUCAGCAACCGAACACCUCGAACGGGUCGUGCUCAAGCUGCACUCGUCCUACUUUUCUUCUGAGCUCUGCCGGCCAGCGCUCAAAGCAAACGCCGACAUUAGUGACCCCGCCUUAUCCAGCAUGCGCACCGACUGUGUGACCAACCUGAUGACUACCGUGGAAGCCUAUGUCGAGAUGCACACCGUCAGUUCCCACGCGUCACGGUCAUGGAUUGCCCUGCAACGCGCCAUCAGCUCGAUCUUCCUGCUGGCAGUCACAGAGGAGGUCAAGGGACAUUCUCGGUUCUGGACUCUCCUGCAACAACUCAAAAUGAUCAUCGCCGAACGAGCCAACAUCGAGGGCGACUACGGGGCCGCCACCGAAGCCGCCGCCGUUCCACCAGUUGACAGCGGCGCGCGUCUCGGUGCAGCCCCACGACCCCCAAGUACCGCAGCACCCAGCCCUGCGGGUAUGAACUCAGCUUCUCCAGCCUCCGCCGCUGUGGCCGUCGACACGCAGACUCAAUGGGCCAAGCCCUUGACAAAGACCCUUCGUGCUUUGGAGAAGUUGGAAGGCGCAUUCAAUGCGCAGGCGGCUCGUGCCAGCCAAGCCGGAUCGCCGAAUUACCUCAACCCGGGCAUGGGUGUUCCGCCUGUGUCGGCCAGCAUGACGCCGAGUCUCGGAUCUUUGCCGCCGCCCACGCCGGAAAGCUCGACCAGCGGCGAGUGGACGAUACCUAAUAUUCUUGACAGAGCACAAGAGUACAUCCACCCACCGCUCUGGAGCUGAACGAUGCCAACAUAGGUUGUACUUUUGAUUGAUUAUUUAGGCGUCUAAUAUAUGCAUCGGUAAAGGGGGUUGGUUGGCUGGGAUGGCACGGCCGGCGCAUGAAAAUGGGACAUGUAUUGACUUUAGUUCCUAGUAUCAUAUAUUCCAGAAUUAUUCACCCA